AUGUCCGAAAGCGGCGGGCCAGACUUCAGCCUCUCCGACGAGAUUCUGGCAGUGAUCCCGACGGACCCAUACGAUCAACUCGAUCUGGCGAGGAAGAUCACUUCCAUGGCGAUCGCGUCAAGGGUCUCGAAUCUGGAGUCCCAAGUCUCCCUUCUCACACGGAAGCUUGCCGAGAAAGAUGGGCUUGUCUGCGAGCUGGAGGGCAGAGCAUCUUCCUUGGAAAGACUCUACCACGAGGCUGACUCCAAUUUGAAGAAUGUCCUCGAAGAUAAUAUGAAACUAACUCAAGAGCGAGAUUCACUGGCGAUCGCUGCCAAGAAACUCGGUCGUGAUUUUGCAAAGCUGGAAGCAUUCAAGAGACAACUGAUGCAGUCUUUGAAUGAUGAGAGUCCAUCUCAAACCGACAACAGACAGGUUCCUCGAGACAGAGUUGAGGAUUCAAAUGGCUCUUCCACACACGAUUCUCUCUCCAACAACCAAGGUUUGAGUGAAGCAAGGCAAAGAGUGUCUUUGACUCCACCAAAGAUGUUAUCCAGCACUGGUGGGUCUCCGAGAAGCUACUCUGCUACUUCCUCGCCAAAGCUCUUCUCCGGCGCCGCUUCUCCAACAACUUCACAUUAUGAUAUACGCCUGUGGUCUUCAUCAAGCCAGCAGUCUUCUGUAGCAAACUCUCCUCCUCGCCCACAUUCUGCUUCAGCUCGCCAUCCGCGGAUCGAUGGGAAAGAGUUCUUUAGACAAGCCAGGAGCCGUUUGUCUUACCAACAGUUCAGCGCGUUUCUGGCUAACAUCAAGGAACUAAACGCUAGGAAGCAGAGCCGGGAGGAAACGUUAGGGAAAGCGGAGGAGAUAUUCGGGGCGGACAACAAUGAUCUCUACAUAUCGUUUAAAGGACUUCUCUCAAGCGGGCGUUGA